AUGCAAACACAAGGAACAGAAAACAAAACAAUUCUUGCACAGUCUAUUCCAACCAUAACCGAGGCACCGGCAACUGGUGGGACAACAUUAACUGCAACCUCUAUGCAAACACCAGGAACAGAAAACAAAACAAUUCUUGCAGAGUCUAUUCCAACCAUAACCGAGGCACCGGCAACUGGUGGAACAACAUUAACUGCAACCUCUAUGCAAACACAAGGAACAGAAAACAAAACAAUUCUUGCAGAGUCUAUUCCAACCAUAACCGAGGCACCGGCAACUGGUGGAACAACAUUAACUGCAACCUCUAUGCAAACACCAGGAACAGAAAACAAAACAAUUCUUGCACAGUCUAUUCCAACCAUAACCGAGGCACCGGCAACUGGUGGAACAACAUUAACUGCAACCUCUAUGCAAACACCAGGAACAGAAAACAAAACAAUUCUUGCACAGAACAGAAAAACAAAAACUGCAACCUCUAUGCAAACACCAGGAACAGAAAACAAAACAGUUCUUGCACAGAUUAUUCCAACCAUAACCGAGGCACCAGCAACUGGUGGAACAACAUUAACUGCAACCUCUAUGCAAACACCAGGAACAGAAUACAAAACAAUUAUUGCACAGACUAUUCCAACCAUAACCGAGGCACCGGAACCUGGUGGAACAACAUUAACUGCAACCUCUAUACAUACACCAGGCGCAGAAAACAAAACAAUUCUUGCACACUCUAUUCCAACCAUAACCGAGGUACCAGCAACUGGUGGAACAACAUUAACUGCAACCUCUAUGCAAACACCAGGAAAAGAAAACAAAACAAUUCUUGCACAGUCUAUUCCAACCAUAACCGAGGUACCAGCAACUGGUGGAACAACAUUAACUGCAACCUCUAUGCAAGCACAAAGAACAGAAAACAAAACAAUUCUUGCACAGUCUAUUCCAACCAUAACCGAGGCACCGGCAACAGGUGGAACAACAUUAACUGCAACCUCUAUGCAAACACCAGGAACAGAAAACAAAACAAUUCUUGCACACUCUAUUCAAACCAUAACCGAAGUACCACCAACUAGUGGAAUAACAUUAACUGCAACCUCUAUACAAACACCAGGCGAAGAAAACAAAAGACUUCUUUCACAGUCUAUUCCAACCAUAAGCGAGGUACCAUCAUUUGGUGGAACAACAUUAACAGCAAGCUCUAUGGAAACACCAGGAACAGAAAACAAUACAAUUCUUGCACGGUCUAUUGCAACAGUAAGCGAGGUACCAGCAACCAGUGGAACAACAUUAACUGCAACCUCUAUACAUACACCAGGCGCAGAAAACAAAACAAUUCUUGCACACUCUAUUCCAACCAUAACCGAGGUACCAGCAACUGGUGGAACAACAUUAACUGCAACCUCUAUGCAAACACAAGGAACAGAAAACAAAACAAUUCUUGCACAGUCUAUUCCAACCAUAAUCGGGGUACCAGCAACUGGUGGAACAACAUUAACUGCAACCUCUAUGCAAACACAAGGAAGAGAAAACAAAACAAUUUUUGCACAGUCUAUUCCAACCAUUACCGAGGCACCGGCAACUGGUGGGACAACAUUAACUGCAACCUCUAUGCACACACCAGGAACAGAAAACAAAACAAUUCGUGCACAGAUUAUUCCAACCAUAACCGAGGCACCGGCAACUGGUGGAACAACAUUAACUGCAACCUCUAUGCAAACACCAGGCGCAGAAAACAAAACAAUUCUUGCACAGUCUAUUCCAACCAUAACCGAGGUACCAGCAACUGGUGGAACAACAUUAACUGCAACCUCUAUGCAAACACCAGGAACAGAAAACAAAACAAUUCUUGCACAGUCUAUUCCAAGCAUAACCGAGAUACCAGCAACUGGUGUAACAACAUUAACUGCAACCUCUAUGCAAGCACAAGGAACAGAAAACAAAACAAUUCUUGCACAGUCUAUUCCAACCAUAACCGAGGUACCAUCAACUGGUGGAACAACAUUAACGGCAACCUCUAUAGAAGCACCAGGAACAGAAAACAAAACAAUUCGUGCACAGACUAUUCCAACCAUAACCGAGGUACCAGCAACUGGUGUAACAACAUUAACUGCAACCUCUAUGCAAACACAAGGAACAGAAAACAAAACAAUUCUUGCACAGUCUAUUCCAACCAUAACCGAGGCACCAGCAACUGGUGGAACAACAUUAACUGCAACCUCUAUGACACAACAAGUUAGAGAAAAGAAAACAAUUCUUGCACAGUCUAUUCAAACCAUAACCGAGGUACCAGCAACUGGUGGAACAACAUUACCUGCAACAUCUAUGCAAACACCAGGAACAGAAAACAAAACAAUUCUUGCAGAGUCUAUUCCAACCAUAACCGAGGUACCAGCAACUGACGGAACAACAUUAACUGCAACCUCUAUGCAAACACCAGGAACAGAAAACAAAACAAUUCUCGCACAUUCUAUUCCAACCAUAACCGAGGUACCAUCAACUGGUGAAACAUCAUUAACAGGAAGCUCUAUGCAAACACCAGGAACAGGAAACAAAAAAAUUCUUGCAGAGUCUAUUCCAACCAUAACCGAGCUCACAUCAAUAUUACCGCAAAAGAAGGCAUCGACAACUCUGCAAAUUAGAACUAAACCAACAUCAGAAGCAACUGCUAAUACACCAAAGCUAACAACAGUAAUUCAAAACACACGAAAGAAUACAACCAGCGUCCCAGUGAGUUCGUACAGUAGCAACAGGCAUACACCAAAUAUUACGACUACACCUAAAUUAAUCAUCUCAAGUCCCAAAACGACACUCAAAAUCCCGGAUUUAAAUUUAUCAGAGGUUUGCUGUUAUGAUGAGGCUUCUAUGGCACUUAAACAAACUGAUAGUCGUUUUUUUAUCAACGACCCCAGAAAAGCUAAAUUGCAAUGGAUUAAAGAAGACAAAACACCUUUGGACAAUUGUUGUUCUUUUUCCAAUUACUGUCGCCUUUUCAACGAUGUUCGACCUGUGUCAAGUUGUACAGGAUACACCAUGCCCAUUGAAGAAAACCAGCCUCCUCUGAUUGUUGGUUUAAAGGUUAUUCACGUCAAAGUGAACACUUCCGCAAAGCUCAACUUUGAAGUUGUAGAUGGUGAUUCAGCGACGGCUUUCCUCGUUAAAGAUUAUCCAAAUGUGAAUAUAACUUACAAUGAUACGAGCAAAAAGGGUAUUUUAACCUAUACACCAUACAACACCAAUCCAGUUGAGAUUGGAAUCGUGGCAAAAGACAGUAAGGGAGCUGUGGCACCAAUCCAUGAAGUUCAAAUUAUUCUUUGUCCCGAUUGCAAACAUGGUACUUGUGAAUUCGAUUCGAACUCAACUGAAAGAUUUCAUGAAGUUCGCUGUAAUUGUGAUAUCGGUUAUACAGACGUUGAUGAAUGUUCUGAAUCUGUCAGCCGUUGUUCAUUUCUGUGUCGCAACAAAAUUGGUUCAUUUGAGUGUAGUUGUUACCCUGGAUACAAACUGAAAGAAGAUGGCAUCAACUGUGAAAAUAAUGAACUGUGUCGGGAAGCAAAAUGUUCCCAAAUUUGUGUUAUCGAGAAUAACAAACCGGUCUGCUAUUGUAACAAAAGUUUUGAAUUGACUGAAAACAAAAAAAAUUGCAAACAUGUCGACGAAUGCGCAACCGGACGAAAUAACUGUUCGCAAUUGUGCAGAGAUACGGACGGUGGUUACCAGUGCUACUGUAGACCCAAAUUUCGUCAAGUUGGAAAUACAUGCGAAGCAUACAUAAAAGUGAUAAUGCAAUUGCACGGUAAUGUAACCGACAAAAAUGGAUUGAAACAACAGGAAAAUCCUAUUCAGUCUUCGACCACAACAUCUCCAGAUCUUGCUAUCACGUCAAGCACAAGUAAAGAAUUUGUGAAUAGGGAAACGUACGAAAAUUACCCCACUUUAACACCUUCUACUUCCAACACAUUUUACCAGCUUGAUAGUACGACAAAUUCGAUUUUCGAAAAUGUACUAAUUCGGAUGGAAUUUGAAAACAUUGUAGAUAAGGUCAAAUUUAAAGUUUUCCUUAGAGAUUUGCUAACCAAAUUCUACCGCAACAACACUUUGAGAGGUUUAGCAGGAGUUGAAGAUGUUCAGAUCUCAUCCAAUGUUGUGUUUCAUCGAGUUGAAUUUACCACAACAAUCAAUGCAGACCUUCUCAGAAAAUUAGCAAUAAUCUUGUACAAUUUUUAUAAGAAUGAGAAUGCUUACCUGCCAGGAAUGAGAUUUAAGAGUAUCCCACACCUCCAAUAUUCAAAUGUUAGUGAUUUUGUAUUCUGCAUGUGUCUUGGUCAGCAGUGUAUGAAUACUUCUGAUUCAUUCACUUGUCGAUAUGAUGUAUCUUCAGCCUUUGGCUCAGAUGCAAGUUCAUACAGUCACCUCCGGCUGCCAUUAAAGUAUAAAAAGAAUUGGAAAGACCUGUCUUUAGAUGGAAGCCUGGGGCAGAACAGCCAGUUCUUCACUGGAGAUGGAGAUUACAUAUUUUGUCCCCCAAAUAAUGCUCAAUCACGAAAUUUGAUUCAUCGUUCCAGUGAUGCUUCUCAAAAGAGCCAUGAUGGCAUAUUUUCUUGGGACUAUCAUUUUUCCCUUUGGAAAUCUUAG